UGAUGAUAAGCUUGAUAAUUUGAAUUUGCAAAUAACUUGGAUAUUGAUAGGAAUACUAUCCGAAGUUGGUAUUUUUGAAUCGAAUAUACAAAAAAUUUUACAAUCAAGUGCAAUUCUCAUUACUACAUUCAAAUACCCUAAAUCUGAUUACAAUCAAUACUUUAUUGCAAAAGUUAAAGAUUAUCAUGAUAAAACGAUUCAUGUUAAUAUUAGUGUUCGAAAAACUGAGAAUGAAUCUCUAGAUGAAAUUGAAGAAGAAGAUUUUGUAAAGGUUCCUGAACUUCAUUGCUCUGAAAAUAGUGAAUUAAAUUUAAGCUACAAGAAACUUAAUACUGAAAUGGGUAAAGAGCUGAUAGAAGUUUUAAAAACAAAUAAAACUUAUACUAGCUUAGAUAUAAGUUAUAAUAAUAUCAGUGUGGGAUUGGCAAAACAACUCAGGAUUGUUUUAGAAAGUAAUGAAUUUCUCACUCAAUUAAACUUAAAAGCUACGUGUAUUGAACCUGAUAUAGUAAUCCAGAUAAUAAGAGCCAAUAAAACCCGUCUUGUUGAAUUGAAUUUAAGCAGAAAAGCGUUGAUAGAAGCUUUAGGAAAAAAUACGUCUCUUAUCAUCUUAAACUUAAGCAAAUAUCCUUUUGAUUGGUCCGAUAUAAGCUUUACUCCUUUGGAAAAUAACAAGUGUCUCGAGAAUUUAGAUUUGAGCAGUUGUAAUCUUACUUCUAAAACGGUAGAAAGAUUAAGAAAAUUCUUAAUAACUUCAAAGAAUCUUAAAUUAUUAAACCUUAGUUCAAAUAAUCUCGCUUUCCAAUCAGAACACAUAAUUUCAGAAAUCUUGGUAAAAAAUAAAACUCUUCGAGUUUUAAACUUGAGUACAAAUAAGAUUAGCUCGACAAUAGAAUCUUUAGACAGAGAAUCAAAAACAUCUUUAAUAGGCAGAGUAACGUCGCAGUAUAAGUAUAGAUAUGACAUGGCUCGAGCUCUAAAA